GCUCUUGAUAUGUAGACAAAUGCACACAUACUUCCCCCCCACCCCCAUUUACUCCUACCCAGCUGAUCCUAGUACGCCACCGAGACAGCGUGGGCAAAGUAUAUAGUACGAGCUCCAGGCCUCCAAGAUCGUCCCAUCUCAACCGGUUUGAUUCUACCGGACUUCCUAUUCGCUGGUUUAUCACGUCUUGAGCUAAUAUGGGAUCCUGGACGAGCGACCCGGCUCCUCCCAUGGCGGAGGUCUUUAAUUCGGCAGUUGCUGCCGUGGCGAUCGGAGCGGCCUGGGAGGUCGGCUUGCUCGACGCCGUCAAAGACCAAAAGAAAGUGGACGUAUUCCAGUUUGCCGCGGAAAACGAUCUGGAUCGCCCCUCGGUGCAAGGGCUAGUGGCCGCGUUGGCAGUAGUCCAAGUGGUCGCCCUGGAGCAGAACACCGUCGUGGCGGGCAGGCAGCUGGAGGAGGCCUACCGGACCAAGUCGUUGUUCCACUGGCUCUGUCUUGGUUCUGGCGGGCUCUUCUCUCGUAUGCAGUACGUGCUGCGCAACGAACAUCGAACGGGCGACUUCCACCGACGAGAUCCCGCGGCUAUUGCGCACGCCUGCCAUGAUAUCAACAAGCAAUACUUUGACCCGGCCUUUUGGGCAGCCAUGGACGGGCUCGAUUACCCGGUCCAGUCCGUCGUGGAUCUGGGAUGCGGCAGCGGACAGCGACUCAUGCAGAUACUCGACCGACACCCCCAGGCAAGUGCCAUUGGCAUCGACGUAGCAGGUCCGGCCAUUCAGGUGGCUGCCCGCGACGCAGUGGCUCGGGGGUUCGGCAAUAGACUCGUCUUCCGGGAAGGCGACGCGCGCGAGGUCAGCUACCGAGACGAGUUUGAGCACGUCGAUCUCCUGACGUGCUUCAUGAUGGGACACGACUUUUGGCCUCGGGAUAAAUGCAUCGCCACCUUGCAGCGCUUGCGCCGAGUGUUUCCUGCAGCCCGCCGCUUGCUACUGGGCGAUGCGACAAGGAUCUUGCUGGACACUCCCGGGGGUCAGCAAGCCGUCAGAAAUGGCACCGUGCCUAUCUUCACUCUCGGGUUCGAAGUCGGCCAUGCGAUGAUGGGAGUCUAUUUGCCGACUAUCGAUGAAUGGGAGGGGGUUUUCGCUGAGGGUGGGUGGCGUUGCGUCAAGAAGCACCUCAUUGAGUCGUUGUCGCUGUCGGUGGUGUUUGAACUUGAGCAUGCCUAGCUAGCUAGAUAGUGUUGGGUAUAUCAGUCAGGUUAAGCCCUAUACCAAACGUUGGAUCAACGUUUUGGUGGUCUUGAGAGAUAGCUUAGUCCUCUACCACACCAUAUCAGUUACAAUGAAGCCAGAAUCUCCG